AACCCCGGCCGGCCGGUCGGUUCAUUAGUUAUCGAGGGGAAGAUGGUGGACCUGGCGAAAGGAGCGUGCUCAAAACUCCGUCAUAAACACUUCGAAACAUACUUAACAUCUCAGCUUAGUGUCAGGUAUAGAUUACCCGGAGACAAUCAUAGAUAAUAUUGGGAGAAAACGAUUGAAACGUAAGACUUUUCCGCAUCUCUGGGCUCCCUAUUGUUGGACUGAAAGAAGACGAGAGUUGCAAAACGUGCUCAUAGGGACGCUAGCUAACAGUAACCGGAGGAAGAGGAGGAUUUUUAUUUUUAAAUACAUUCUAAUCCACCUAACGAGUUAGAUAGGGUGGGUCAUUUUAUCGUAAACCUGUUGCCUCUCUUCCAACUGUUGAAUCUGCUGACUGAAACAAGCUAGUUAGCUUGCUACACCAUAGCUAGCUCCGCUGUGACCUGGCGGGUCACUCUGAAAGCUGCUCGAGAUGCCGCGGAGUAAAAAAGGGAAACGUGGCUCCAGUAAGCCGGGAUCUCUUCGGCAGGAGGUUCUUCAGCUUCAGCUGUCGGCUAAAGCUCCGCUGAAAGGUGUUAAAAAUGGGAUGAAGGGAGAAUCUGCUGCCAGUGACGAUGAGCUGGCAUCGGAUAUUCUGAGUCACUACAGCAGUGCCAGCGAGGGCACAUCGGUGCUGGAGGAGGGUUUAGGAGGUGAGCAAGUGGAUGAGCAGUCAGCCCAGGAGGAGACGGAAGACAAGCUCAAACAGUGUAUAGAUAACUUAACGGACAAGAGCACCAAAACACGUCUGGCUGCCCUCGAGUCUCUGCGACAGGCCUUUUCUUCCAGAGUGCUCUACGACUUCCUGACAGAGAGACGUCUUACUGUGAGCGACUGCCUGGAAAGAAGUCUUAAAAAAGGCAGCAGUGAGGAGCAGGCAUCAGCAGCCACACUCUUCAUCCUGCUUUGUAUUCAGUUAGGAGGCGGGGAUGAGGCAGAGGAGGGCUUCAAGAUGCUCCGCCCUAUCCUUACCACCAUCCUGAUGGACAACAGUGCCAGUAUGGCGGCUCGCCAGAGUUGUGCUCGGGCUUUGGGGAUGUGCUGUUACGUCUCAACUGCUGAGGAAGGAGAGGAUUUGUGCAAGUCUUUGUCUCUCCUGGAGGGCAUCUUCAUGUCUUCCUACCCAAACAGAGAAGGAACGCUGCCCACACCCAAACCUGGAAGUUCAGGCCUCCACACUGCAGCCAUCCAGGCCUGGUCGCUGCUCGUCACCCUCUGUCCAGCCUCCAAACUGUCUGCGCUGCUCGACUUUCACCUCCCAAAGCUGAAGGCUUGUCUUCAGAGCAGUGAUGUCAACUACAGGAUUGCCGUGGGAGAAGCCAUCGCUCUGCUGGUGGAGUUGGGGCGAGACAUCGAUGAGGAGUUUGAGGUGGAGGACAGUGAAGGUCUGUGUGAAGGUCUGAAGAGUUUAGCUACAGAUGGAAACAAACACAGAGCCAAGAACGACAGGAGGAAACAGCGCUCCAUCUUCAGGGAGGUGCUGCACUACAUAGAGAAUGAGGAUUUCACAGAGGAGAAGAUCAGGUUUGGGGUAGAGAGUGUUUACAUCGACAGCUGGAUGAGGAGAAGAAUCUAUGAUGCCUUCAAGGAGAUCCUAGAAUCUGGAGUCAGGCAUCAUCUACAGUUCAACCCACUACUACGAGACAUCUUUGGCCUCGGACCCCCCCUUAUACUUGACGCCACCAUCAAAGCCAACAAGAUCUCACGGUUUGAGAAGCAUCUUUUCAACGCCGCCGCCUUUAAAGCCAGAACCAAACAGAGGAACAAAGUCAGAGACAAGCGAGCCGACGUCAUGUGAUGAAGAUGAAGGACAGUGGAGGGACUCUUUGGGUUGUUCUGAGAUGGAUCCAUCAUGAUGCCUUCUUCUCUUAACUGUAUCAGAUGCACAGACUCACCAAAAAAAAAAAAAAAAAAGUUUUAUACUUUCCUCUUGUGCUCUUAAAUUUAAAAAUGCUGAUUAUUUUUAUCACUAAAGUGUCUCACUGUAAGAGUCUGGAUGUAUUUCGGAACAUCUACUCAAAUGUAGUUGUAAUUACAGACUUUUCUUUAGUGCAUCAAAACCCAGAGUCAGUCUGAGGCUUUGUGGUGUCAAAUGAAACUGUGUAGAAGGAAGCACAGGAUCACUGAAGUACAUCUGCCCAUCGUUCUUUAGUCCUCCAUCUUCACUCAGAGGUAACUUCAGCAGCCAAAACAACAAGCAAUGCAACCUUUAACAAACUGUGUGCUUUUGUGUGUGAGUGUGUUUUACUUGGAAUUAAUUCAACACUUCAGUAUAUAAAAGAAGACUAUAAUUAAAAUAUUAAAUCAGUCAUCUUUGUGUUCAUCUCAUGUUUGGAAAGGACUUUUCCUACUUUAAUUGUCUUUUACUUUGUAAUUUAUUGAGAGCGGUCAAUUGUUUACAGACAAUGAUGAAAAAAUGGAUAAAAAUAUGUUUUUGUCCUGUUUAUUUUGGUGGAAAUAGUCAUAAAAAUCUGCUUUAGAUAUUCUGAACACAGUUAUGGAAAUUGUCUUUUAAUACUUUCCUUCCUGGACAGCAGCUUAUCAGAGGGAGCUGCUUAUCAAACACUUGAUGCUGUUUCUAUGGAAACCCCGUCCUGUAUAUUAAAAGACAAACACCUCUUGUAACGUUAGCUUUAUUGGAUUUUAACAAAAACCUGAACACCAAGAAGUGCCAACUAUAGAAUUCAGCAUGGUUAACCCCUUGAUGCCUUUUGAUGUAAAUGCAUAUCAAACCACUUCUCUUCCAAAUUUACAUAAAUGUAUCUAUUUCAAAGCAAACCCUCAAGUGACACUUUCUUUCAUAAAUUCAGCCAUCAAGGGGUUAAGAGUGAAUGAGAUGUUGCUGAAUCCUAACUAAACCUUGUAGUUUUGGUGCUAGAGGAUGGAAAAAAAAUGGAUCAAAUAAAGGGCCAUUCAAUGA